UGAAAGAAGGAAGCAUUUUAGAGUUGAAGAAACUGCACCUCUUGAAUUUGGUCUUAACAAUGGAGACUGCGCUAGCAAAAAAGCCACAGAAAAGGCAAGUUCUCUUUCUUGCUAUAUUGUUGCUUUUGUGGGAGGCUGGCUCUGAUGCAAUUAGGUAUUCUAUGCCAGAAGAAACAGAAAGUGGCUCCUUUGUGGCCAACCUGGCAAAGGACCUGGGGCUAAGGGUGGGGGAACUAGCUUCUCGAGGAGCGCGAAUCCAUUACAAAGGAAACAAACAGCUCUUGCAGCUGGAUGUAGAAACCGGGAAUUUGCUACUAUAUGAAAAACUAGACCGGGAGGUUCUGUGCGGAGUGACAGAUCCCUGUAUACUGUACUUCCAGUUAUUACUGGAAAACCCGGUGCAGUUUUUUCAGGCUGAUCUGCAGCUCACAGAUAUAAAUGACCAUUCCCCAGAGUUCCUAGACAAGGAAAUGUUCCUCAGAAUCCCAGAGAGCGUUCAUCCAGGGACUGUAUUUCCUUUGAAAAUAGCUCAGGACCUUGACAUAGGUAGCAACGCUGUUCAGAACUACACAGUCAGCCCCAACUCCCAUUUUCAUGUUGUCACUCAUAAUCGCGGAGAUGGCAGAAAAUACCCAGAGCUCAUGUUGGAUAAAUCGCUGGACCGGGAGGAGCAGUCUGAACUCAUUUUAACCCUUACAGCGCUGGAUGGUGGGGAUCCGCCCAGGUCCGGGACCACUGCAGUCCGGGUUGAAGUCGUGGAUAUCAAUGAUAAUGCCCCUGAGUUUUUACAAUCGCUCUAUGAGGUACAGGUCCCUGAGAACAGCCCCCCAAACUCCUUAGUUGUCGCUGUCUCUGCCCAAGAUUUAGAUGCAGGAACAUAUGGGAAUGUACACUACACUCUAUUCCAAGGCAAUCAAGUUACUCAACCAUUUGUAGUAGACGAAAUAACAGGAGAAAUUCGUCUGAAAAAGGCAUUAGAUUUUGAGGCAACUCGAUACUAUAAUGUGGAAAUUGUAGGCACAGACGGUGGAGGCCUUUCAGGAAAAUGCACUGUAGCUAUAGAGGUUGUGGAUGUGAAUGACAAUGCCCCUGAACUGACCAUGUCAACGCUCACAAGCUCUACCCCAGAAAACUCCCCAGAGACUGUCGUUGCUGUUUUCAGUGUUUCUGAUCCAGACUCCGGGGACAAUGGUAGGAUGGUUUGCUCCAUCCAGAAUGAUCUCCCCUUUCUCUUGAAACCCACUUUCAAGAACUUUUACACCGUAGUUACAGAAAGACCACUGGACAGAGAAAGCCAAGCCGAGUACAACAUCACCAUCACCGUCACGGACUUGGGGACCCCCAGGCUGAAAACGCAGCACAACAUCACCGUGACGGUGUCCGACGUCAACGACAACGCCCCCGCCUUCAGCCAAACCACCUACACCCUGCGGGUCCGCGAGAACAACAGCCCCGCCCUGCACCUAGGCAGCGUCAGCGCCACAGACGCAGACUCGGGCGCCAACGCCCACGUCACCUACUCGCUGCUGCCGCCCCAGGACCCGCAGCUGCCCCUGGCCUCCCUGGUGUCCAUCAACGCGGACAACGGGCAGCUGUUCGCGCUCAGGUCCCUGGAUUACGAGGCGCUGCAGGCGUUCGAGUUCGGCGUGCGCGCGGCCGACCGCGGCUCGCCCGCGCUCAGCAGCCAGGCGCGCGUGCGCGUGCUGGUGCUGGACGACAACGACAACUCGCCCUUCGUGCUGUACCCGCCGCAGAACGGCUCUGCGCCCUGCACCGAGCUGGUGCCCAGGGCGGCCGAGGCGGGCUACCUGGUGACCAAGGUGGUGGCGGUGGACGGCGACUCGGGCCAGAACGCCUGGCUGUCGUACCAGCUGCUCAGGGCCACGGAGCCCGGGCUGUUCGGCGUGUGGGCGCACAACGGCGAGGUGCGCACGGCCAGGCUGCUGAGCGAGCGCGACGCCGUCAAGCACAGGCUGGUGGUGCUGGUCAAGGACAAUGGCGAGCCGCCGCGCUCGGCCAGCGUCACGCUGCACGUGCUGCUGGUGGACGGCUUCUCGCAGCCCUACCUGCCGCUCCCGGAGGUGGCGGCGGCCGAGGCGCAGGCCGACCCGCUCACCGUCUACUUGGUCAUCGCCUUGGCGUCCGUGUCGUCGCUCUUCCUGUUCUCGGUGCUGGUGUUCGUGGCGGUGCGGCUGUGCAGGCGGAGCCGGGCGGCGUCUGCGGGUCGCUGCCCGGUGCCCGAGGGCCACUUUCCGGGCCACCUGGUGGACGUCAGCGGCACGGGGACGCUGUCCCAGAGCUACCAGUACGAGGUGUGUCUGCGGGGUGGAUCUGGAACCAAUGAGUUCAAAUUCUUGAAGCCAAUUAUUCCCAACUUUCUGCCCCAGGGCGCUGGUGAAGAAAUAGAGGAAAACGCCACCUUCCGGAAUAGCUUUGAAUUCAGUUAGGGAUCUGAUCACAAUGCUGUGAGUUUUGUCAUUUUUCUCCAAUUUCUCCCAAAUACCGAGUUUGAGAGCGUCGUGGAGAAAAAUCCCACCUACAGGUAUGAUUUCUCUGAAUUUAUCUUUUUCAACUUUAUCUUGCCCAGUUUGGGAAAACUGAAUUCUGUGUCACCUCGUUCAUGUACACACAGUGCCAACCCAAAUCUAUGCAUGCUGUUGAGUUUCCUGAAAUGUUUGCUUUUGAUGGUAUUUGUCAGGAUAAACUUACUUAAUGAAACCAAA